AGCACUGCGCAACGUUCGAAAUUCAAAUUCAAAUUUUGAUUCUCGAACUCCGGACACUUCGAAUCCGUUUCGAGAGACUCGUGUGUGUUUAUCUUUUUUAAUUUUACCGUUUUUUGUGAUCUGUGAUAGCCAGUUUGAUUUGUGACAAGUUGACAACUGUGGUUAAAGUUCAUUCGCGAUCGGGUUAAGGAUUAGAUUGAAAACUUUGUGAUUUUACAUUAAAAGUGGAUUGUGUGUGUUUGAGACUGAAGUGUAUCAAUCAUUUUAAUAUUUGGACAGACAUGGGACCGCUAGUGACGUGACAUACGCGAUGCAUCGCGUCCCCGUGACGCAGUUAUCGACCGUCGAACUAGUGUAGUGCUCCAUCGAUACGUCUGGUUAUACCACGAAUGAACACCCUAAUGCUGACGACCACUGGAUCGGUAGACGAUCAGCCUUUGGACAGCAAUAUGUCGUUUUCAUCAUACAACAUGAUGGACUCAGGCGGCGCGAUCGACUCCCCCCCUACUUACCACCGAAGCUACGAACAGUACGUCCAAGGGGGCGUCGAAAACAGCACCGACUCGACCCAAGAGCAAACGAGUCCAGAACUAGUAGUCUGGUCUACCUUACCCUAUGGAUUAGACUACAGGACUCAGUAUGACUACAGGCCUUAUGAGACCAGAGACUAUUCCCCCCAGCAGUACGUCAGGGCGCCGUUUGCGACGAAGAUGGGACAGUCGAAAGCGCUCAAGGAGGCGAGGAUACGGAGACCGAUGAACGCUUUCAUGGUGUGGGCGAAGGUGGAAAGGAAGAAGCUGGCUGAUGAGAACCCGGAUCUCCAUAAUGCGGAUUUGAGUAAAAUGCUAGGUAAAAAAUGGCGCUCGCUGACUCCGCAAGACCGGCGGCCGUUCGUGGAAGAAGCCGAGAGACUCCGGGUGAUCCACAUGACGGAGCACCCCAACUACAAGUACCGGCCGCGGCGGCGGAAGCAGAACAAGACGCGGCCCAACCAGCCCCCGCCACCCGCCAGCGCGCCCCCCACCUCCGCCGCCCUAGGCUCCCCCUACGCCACCACUACUGAUUCCCCCGACGCGCGCUUUUCCCACAACCCUGGCGCCGGCUUCUCGCCCUACAGGACCUCCCCGCUCGCCGCCGACUACCAGACCAACCAGUUCAACGGACACGUCCAAACCCCAGAAUCGUCCCCCGCAAGGUCACCAGAACCCCAAGGUCGGAGGAGCGCCCCGGCUGAAGCCCCGCUCCCGACCCCUGACGCGUCCCCAGUCGAAAACGAAAAGGAAAACUUCCAGUACGAGGAGCGGCGAAGAGCCAUCAACGCUUCCUCCAUGUCGGACUCCUACUCCCCUUACAAGACAUACAGGACGCCUGGCUCCUUCUCCCCGGCCCCCGUCGCCGCCAUGGGCAUGGCCAACGGUAUGUACGUCAUGUGCACGCAGAGGACUCUAGCGGAACAACCGCCGCUCGUCACUGGCACCUUCUUCCCACCAGUUGCCACCUCUCAAGAUCAACAGGCGCUCGGCACAUCCACGCCUAGAGUAUCUUCCGCCCCGAGCGGCCCGAUGAAUGCCGAAUACAGCAUCCAAUACCAUCCUUACGAGUACGAGCAGAUGUACAAACAGGAGGAUUCCUACGUCGCGCAAUCGCACUAUCCUGAGCAGCCUAAGACGGAAUACGAUACCGGAAGCAGUUACUUCUCAGAGGAGCCGCCGGCGAAUCAGGAGUCUGAGCAAUUUAUGAGCCAGCGGCCUGAGAUAAGGACUGGGUCGCCGGAGUCUGAUGUGGAUGCGAGGGAGUUUGAUAAAUACUUGGACUAUGCUCCUGAGCAGAUGGAGCAGCACCAAUAUAGAUACGAGCAGCAGCAGCAGCAGUACAGAGUGCCGCCGUACUGUGCGGAGCAGGCGCCUGGGCCGGAGUACUGUUCCGAGAGGAUGUACCCGUCUCCGUACGCGUCGGUGAUCUCGGGGCCGCCGGCCGCGGGCCCGUACCCUGCGCCGGCCGCCGCGUUAGCCGAAGCCCGCACCGAGGACGAGUUUAGCGUGAUCCUGGCCGGUGUCCGGCAGACCUGCUACAGCAACUGAUCCUCCGCACCUUCCUAUUAGUAGCCCAAAGAGUUCCCACAGUUUUGUGAUCGAAUCAAUGUUUAAAUUCCUAGUAAGAAUUAAAUUCUGAAUUAUGACUCUUGCGUUAGUUUGUAAUUGUAAAUGCCUGAAACGUUAUAAAGUUUUCGUAUGUGUUAAGUAGGAUGUAGAUUUUGUAUUAUAUUGCCGGUUGUAGGCGACCAAUGUGAAGUAUACUGGUUAUUUAUGAUUAAAUUAGGUUUUUUUUAUGUUGGACGCAGCAUGUUGACCAGUGAUUUAGAAUUUAUUUGUGCAAAUAUUUGAAAUAGAAUCUAACUAUAAUUUUGUUUUGUUAGAACCGAAAAGAAAUUCUUGCAUUCCUUGCAACGCUCCCGCAAAAUUCUUUGCAGAGAAUCGGCAACUUAGUGAUUCGGAACAAAAUGUUGACUCAUUAGGAUUGUAGUCUGAUGCCCAGGGCGCGUCCCAUAAUAGCUGAUAGUUUUGAGGACUGCCCUUAGAAGAUAAUCUAAAGUUGAAAUUAAGUAUGGGACACAUUUUUAGGUGACAUAAGAUGCAAGUUGGUGUGCAAUAUUUCAGAGCUCCUUUGAAAACACAAGGAACUGGUUUCUAUAUAUCGUAGGUAUCAUGUAGAACUGAACUUCAGAAUGCGAUUAUUUGAGGUUUUUCUUUUAUUUUGUUAUUUUUAUUCAAAUUUAGGUCAGUUCUACUCAGAAACACGAGCACUUUCUAUCUCAAUAGGAGAAAAAACAUCCCAGAACUUCCGUAUAUUUUAGUUACUUUCCUGUUUUGUUACCCCAUACAAGUUACAAUCUGUAUGGGCAAUGGUAACACAAUAGGAAGCAAACGUAUGGAACACUAUUUUACCUAUUAGGAUUGGAAAAACUAGUGAUUCUGAAUAGAAAAACAUAUUUUGUAU